AUGGCUCCCGAAACAAAGAGCCGUAAGCCCGCAAACACUGCCUUUAAACAACAGCGCUUAAAGGCAUGGCAACCGAUUCUUACACCAAAAACCGUCCUUCCCACAUUUUUUAUAAUCGGAAUCAUCUUUGCACCCCUUGAAUUACAAAUUGAUUAUACUUUUUGUGAUUCAUUAUCUCCAGUACCCGCUGAUGCUCUAGGUGCUGAGCCCAUUUUUAGUGACACGCCAGCUCGAUUUAUAACAUCUUCAUUUCCAGAUGAUUCCCAAAUAAAAGUAUCAUGGGCAAAAAUUAUUAAACUUCUUCCGCCAAAAAGAAAUCCAACUGGAGACAAAGCUGUUUGGAACUGUUUAAUUCGAUUUACUUUACCAGAAACCUUAAAACCACCAGUUUUCAUGUAUUACAGGUUAACAAAUUUUUAUCAAAAUCAUAGAAGAUAUGUUAAAAGUUUUGAUGCUGAACAGCUUAAAGGUAAAGCUGUUCCUGCAAAUACGAUUAAAGCUGGAAAUUGUAAACCGAUGGACGUUGGUGAAGACGGCAAGAUUAUCUAUCCUUGUGGUCUUAUCGCUAAUUCCCAAUUUAAUGAUACAUUAUUCGAUCCUGUUCUUCGUGUUUCACCUAGCGGUGCUCAAAAUGUGACCUAUACAUUUUCUAAUGAAAGCAUUGCAUGGCCUUCUGAUAAAGAGAAAUAUAAAAAAACCCAAUACAGCCUUGAUCAAAUUCGCCCUCCUUUGGAUUGGGUUGCAAGAUAUCCUAAUGGCACUUAUACUGAAGAAUUUCCUCCACCUGACAUUGAAACAGAUGAGCAUUUUCAAGUUUGGAUGCGCACUGCAGGUCUUCCUGAUUUUAGGAAAUUAUGGGGAAAGAAUGAGAAUCAAGAGAUGAUAAAUGGAGAUUAUCAA